UGCAUCCAAUAUUUUCAACGUUUCAGUGCAAUCAGUUCAAUUCAAAUAUAUACAUGUUGAAUUUAUUAGAUCUGCCCGAUAAUGUCCUCAUGGAUAUAUUCGAGCUAUUGAGUUAUGACGAGGUAGCCAAAAAGCGUGAGGUAUGUAGCCACUUCAACUACAUUGGUCAGCGUGUGCUCAACGCAGGCUUCAACAAAAUAAUUCAGGAGCAUGCCAAGCACUUCAAACGCAUAAAGAGUAUGCUACCUCGUCGGGAGUCAGAGCGACGCAAUCACUGCCUGGCGCGACACUCGGACAUACUGACUUCCAUUGAGACACGCAUUUCAAUGCUUACCAUGACGUACUCCAAGUUCAUUGAUUUGGACAUCUGCUGUUUCAUCCCCGGUCGCGUUCUGGACGAGAUAAGCAACAUUUUGAAACUGCUGGCAACAACGUCACGGCAAUUGCGCCCCCACGAAGUGUUGCAAGAACUGCGGGAUAUAUCAUCCAUGGCCAUUGAACAUUUCGAUGAAAAAAUUGCGGUCAAUUUCAAGAUGGAGCAUCGUUCCAAAUUGUCAGAGUCGUCAGGCACGCGUGUGGUUGUAUGUGGCGCUCUAGCGGACAUCAGCUUCAGUGGCGUUAAACGUAGAACCUCCGUGGCAAGCAGCAACACUGCGACAAAAGAAAUGCCUCUGUGUGGCAAUGUACUCUGCAUGAGCCAAAAGGCAGCUGCCUUUGUACAGCAAGCCCGCCUUCUGGCUAACGCCCAGCCCAACGCCAAUCCGACUGCCAACGCCAACCAACCACCAAAACAAGACUAUCUGUUUAAGCACAUCAAAAAGCAAUGCCAAAGACAGAAGAGUAUAAUGCUUAAAGUGCGUAGCUUGGAGAGUGCCCGCAGCCUUCAGGAUCGUCGUCUGCAGGAGGCGCUCAGCACUAUUACAGAGCUUAGCUCACAGGUGUCAGAAUUAAAGAGACAAGUGGAGGAUGUGAUGGGCAGCAAACGUGGCCAAUUAUCGGUGACAGCAACAGGCAAUAGUGGAGCGACCAAACGCCAAAUCAACUCUACAGAUUGCUUGCCGUCCGGGAAGAAACCGAAAGUCUAGUGCCCCCUGAUGUAGUGAAGCUAGUAGCUUUUCAGUUACGUAAUACUUAUAGAUAAGAACAAUGCUUACAACUUUCAUAAUCACACCUAGUGCGUAUAGAAAAAUAUUUAGGACAAAUAUGUUUAGGCUACUAUUUCUAUUGGCAGCUGUUCCUUAAUUUCAAUUACGGGAAAAUUGUAUUGUACAAUAAUUAUAUACAUAUAUCGCAAUAACCUUACAUGUACAUCUCUUAAAACAUUCACACCUCUAUCUUGACGGCUGUUGAAUCUCUUUAGUGCUUGAUUUUUUGUUGUAUUCAGCAGUUUCUUUAAAAAUUUUAUGUUCUCGAACCUGUAGAAAUCCCUUGUUUCUUAAAUGAGCUACAAAUAUAUUGAAUUAUAGGACAUGAUCUAAGAUUUGCUUAAAUGGGACUAGACUAGAAAGAUAGUUAUUGAAAUAA